AUGAAUGGGAGCCACCACGGAGCGCGUGGUGCCAGGAGCCUUGUGCUUGCCUCCUGCUCCCCACAGAACGUGCGCUCCUGGGUGCUGAGCUGUGGAUUAGCCCUUCAGCACCUGGCUGUGCAGGCCUCCUUGCUCUGCAUCUUCCACCUCCUCCUGCUGCCCACCCUGCCCGAGGAGCCACCCCAUGCCCAGGCCACCAGUGAGCUGCUGGCCCGCAGCCUCUUUGCCUGCGGCCUCUCCACGGUCCUGCAGACCACCCUGGGGAGCCGGCUGCCACUGGUUCAAAUCCCAUCCUUCGAGUACCUGGUCCCUGCCGUGGUGCUGAGCUCCCACCUGUCCCUCGGUGCCAGCACAGACGGGAAUGGCACAGCUGUGGCCAGCGCGUGCCCUGCGCCGCACUGCACUGCCACAGGGAAGUGGGCUGCCUCGCUGAGAGAGGUCUCUGGUGCCGUGCUGGUGUCUGGGACGGUUCAGCUGAUGCUGGGGGUGUUUGGUGUGUGUGGCUGGGCAGCCCAGCGCUGCGGGCCCAUGGUCCUGGCCCCCAGCCUCUCUGUUAUUGGGCUGUCUGCAUACAAGGAGGCUGCUUUCUUCUGCUCCACUAACUGGGGGAUAGCGCUUCUGCUCAUGUUCCUCGCUGUCACCUUCUCCCAGCACCUGGGGUCCUGCCGCCUGCCACUCUGCACCUGGCCCCAGGCUGGGGGGGGCUCCAUGGAACUGUCUGUCCCCACCCUGCGCACAUUCUCGGUACUGCUCCCAUUUGCCGGUGUCUGCAUCUUGUGUGCCAUCCUCAGCCAUCUCCACAUCCCCUGGGAAUCGUUGGACCUGGUCAUGGCACAGCUGUCCUGGGCUAACGGCACCUUCCACGCUCCUUGGGUCCGCAUCCCCUAUGCAGACGAGUGGGGGUGGCCUCUAGUCACUCACCGGGCGCUGGCAGUGGGCAUUGCCAUGGCCAUCAGCUGCAGCAUGAACUCGGUGGGCUGCUAUGUGCUCUGCGGCAGGCUACUGCAAGCCCCCCAGCUGCCCCCACAUGCCUGCAACCGAGGGGUCUGUGUGGAAGGGCUGGGCAGCGUCCUGGCAGGGCUGCUGGGCACCCCAGGGGGCACAGCUGCCAGCAUCGCCAACGCCUGCACCACCAGCCUCAUACAGGCUGGUUCUCGCCUCUCCGUGCAAGUCAGUGGUCUGGCGUGCGUGGUGUUGGGCAUGUCCCCAAGGCUGGCAGGGCUCCUCACCCACAUCCCGCUGGCGGUUCAUGGAGGGGUGCUCUGUGUCACCUACGCCAUGGCUGUGGGCACGGGGAUCUCCUACUUCCAGUACGCAGACAUUGACUCGGGGAGGAACAUCUUCAUCGUCGGCUUCGCCAUGUUCAUGGCCCUGCUGGUGCCGCGGUGGUUCGGUGCGGCUCCAGCUCACCUGGCCACAGGCUGGGUGCCUCUGGAUCUCCUUUUCCUCUCCCUGCUCAUGGUGCCUGUCUUCUUAACUGGCUUCUUGUCAUUUUUCCUGGAGAACACAGUCUCAGGAACCCUGGAGGAGAGAGGGCUGCUCUCUGAGCUGGCACCAUGGAAAGCCAGGGCAGGUCAUCACCACCCCCGUGGAGAGAAGAAGUGUGAAGCCAGCCAGGCCUAUGAGCUCCCUGCCUGUCUGAGGAGGCUGCUGCCAUCCUCCUGUAAAGCCUUCCCCUGCUGCUUCCUCUGCCCAGGGAAUGAGGAAGAGGAGGAGGAGGCCAGAUCUGCCACCGAGGAGGGGACUGCUGCCCCAGGAGAAGGGAUGCAGCUUCUCCCCAAACCCUGCUCAGGGGAGCCACAGCUGGCCAGGAGGAUGAGUGAGAUGGAAGUGCCUGCGUGGCACACCAUGGCCUGA